AUGGCGUCGGACGGGUUGGCAGAGUCUCAUGCCUCGGUAGUAGAGACGGUACCGAUCCCUUGGCGCGACGGCGCCCCACUGACGGUCGAGAUUCGGCGCGGCGGCAAGCAUACUCACGAUGCUGAUGAUAAUGCCGAAAUACCACAGCCGCCGGCGGCUAGUACUCGCAAUAUUUCUGUCGUCUUUGUAAACGGGCUGGGCAAGCCGAGGGCCGCGUGGAAAGAAGUCGCUGCCCGUCUACCGGCGAGUUAUACCCUGCUCAGCUACGAUCGUUUUGGUCAGGGCGACACGCCUCACCUGCCUGAUGGUGUGCCGGCUUCGUGGCACGAUGGCGCGGCUGCGGCUCGUGACCUCUACGAGCUCAUAUGUGAGCUCGGUCGGCGAGGGGAGAGGGGCUUUGAUCCAGAGACUGCCAGGAUCGUCGUCGUGGGGCACAGUAUCGGCGCGGCGAUUGUCCGCUUGCUGCUCGCUGCCGGGCGCUACGAUGGCGAGACAAAAGACUCGGACGUCCCUCAACCCGCCCGUCUGGACGUGACAGCGGCCGUCCAGGGCGCCCUCCUCCUCGACCCGAGCAUUGUCAACUCGGACUUUGUCUCGCUGUUUCCGCCGCCGACCGAGGGCGAGCCGCCGGAGCUGACGCGCACUCGCGAGGCUACCCGCCGCGUCUUCCACCCGUCAGUUCCAAACCCGGAGGGAUUCGACCGAGCUGCCUUUCUCCGUCUGUUGCCCCUCGCUGAAAAGCCUGUUCUUCCGGGUCAUCCAUACCUUACGGUUGUGGGACAUGAUCCAAAUGUCAUCUUUGGGGAGGAUGCUGAGAAGGUGAGUACUUUUGUCUGA